GUAACAGUGAAAUUAUUACAAUAUAACAAUAUUUGUUAGGAAAUGGCAGCACCAAUUACUCCAGCUGAGAUGCAGCGUCGCUACAGGGAAAAGAGAGAUGCAGAUCCUGAAAGGAGAGAAAUGUAUUUGCAGAAAGAGAGAGAGAAAUGGCAGCGAGACAGAGAGACAGGGAAAAAGAAACGAGUGGCAGACCUCAGCGAGCACGAAAAGCGUGCCCAACGGAAAAAAUGGAGGGAAAGGAAAAGAGAGACGAAAGCCAGAAAAAAGGCCAGGCCAGCGAUACCCUCUCCCCCAGCAACUACUUUACCUCCUGAAUUAGAACCAGUGGCAGAGUACUCAAGGCAAAGACAGCAAGGUCAACGCCAGAAAAGUAGAAAUAAAAAAAGAUUCCAAAGAGACAUUGAAAAGCUUAAAGUGGCCCUUGUUAAAGAAAAAGCAAAAAAAGAGAAAUACAAGAAGAGGUGGCAACGGAGUCAAACAAAGACAAACAGUGAUGGCCAAUCCCCUCGUGCACAACUUGCCAAAAUUUUGCCGGAUUUUGUUGAUCCUAGCACACGCAGAAAACUUCUGUUACAAGCCUCUAUCAUUGAAGAACUGAAGAACAAAUACAAGAACACAAGAAGAGAAAGAGAGAAGCAGAUUAUUGCAAAGGCCACCACAGCAAGGUACAGCAACUGCAAGAGAGAAGGUGGUAUCAUUCUUCUUGAGGGAGGACGUCAGCCGAAUGACAACGGGUAA